UUUAAGGGAGUAGGGUUUGCCAUGGGUCAAUGGGCGUUUAUUGUACCCACUUUAAGAUAUUUGCUAUGUAAACAAUGCAUUUAAACAAUGAACAUGUUAUCCGUUAACGUGUUUGUCUUUAACAAAUCUUGACUGUAUCGGACGGGGUAUUUAAUAAUAGUAUUUCAUGUGUGGGUUCCUCAUGAUCGCAUCCCAGGGCAUACACUGUAUUUAACUGACAUACAGUAAAAGAUGUUUAUCUUAUACUGUAGCAGUCGGUAGGUCCAUUUAUAUUUCAAGAGAGUCACUGAGGGAAACACAGGAUUAACAUAUAGAACACUUCAGUUCAACACUAUUGUACAUUGGCAGUAUCAUUAAAAAAUCUCAAUGGGUUCUAAAUCUUGAAGACGCGUGCCAUGGCAUGAACAUUCCAUUAUAAGUGAGACAUAAAUGGAACUGUGUUAAAAUUUAUCUGUUAUCGUUGUGACAUCAAAACUGUGAAUGAUGUCACGGUCCGUGAUUCCUCCAUUGUCGUGUCCGCCUGGUGUGUCAUCCCAGCAGACUAUAGAUGUUUUGGAGGACAGACUUUCUGCUGCCGAGCAGGAGACAAUGGAAUUGAUUGAUCAUCUGUCAGGCAUGGGUUUUGGUCAGCAUGUCCAUCCUGCUGAGCGGGACACAGACAGCCAGGACAUUAAGAUGAAGGAACCGAUCGCACCGUACAAAGCAAGAAUUGCAGAUGUUGACGUUUUACAAGACAGCUAUGAAACCUUGGUUUCAAGGGUUUGCAAAACUGAAAGUGCCAUACAGACAUUGAAGUUAAAUUUAGUAAAUAUUCAGGGCCAGCAGGAUUUGAAUCCAAAACUACAUGACCAAACAGAGGAUAAAUAUCAAUUGUUGAAAGAGGCUUGUGAAAAUGAACUUGGAAAAUUACAACGUGAAACAGAAGAUUUACAAGAGGAGCUAAAGCAGGAGUUUGAUUCCAGAAGAAAGGCACAGGAUGAAGUGAAAGAACUCCGACUGGCAUUGGAGGAGGCAACUACCACUAGAGCUGAGGCUGCAGUAUCAGCAGAAGAGAUGCUGACAGGCAAACAGAAGAUGGAGAGAAAGAUGUCAGAAGUUAAGGAAGAGUUGGAAAGAGAGAAGAGUAUUCGCAGCAGUCUUGAAGAGUCCCACAAUACCUUACUAGGACGAGUGCGGGAGAUGGAAAAUAUGGUCGAAUCUGAACGGAAGGAGGUGAAAUCUUUAACAACUGACUGUACAAAUCUACGCAACGAUGCCCUACGAGUCCGAGAAGAAUUACGCCAAGAACAGAAUCGAGCAGAUAUGGCUGAAACUGGAUUUGUUCAGACUAUGGAGGAACUAGAGCGUUUGAAAAAGUCUCAUAGUUCAGCGGAAUCUGACCGACAGUUACUGGUGACGGAGUUGAGUCGACUACGGACACAAUAUGAGGAUCUCAUCAAGCAACUGGAACAGACACAAGUUAUCGUUGACCAACAAAAGAUUGGUAACAAGGAACUCGCGGAGAAAACCGAACAUCUUAACACAAUCGUACGGACACACCAAGAGGAAAAGGAUAGACUGCGAAGUAUGCAUGCUAAGGAGCUUGAAGCCGAAAGAUCACGAUUAGCUGAGAAACAGUCAGUAGAAGACGAAGCAUUGGAAUAUAAACUCAAAUUCAACGAGGCUGAUGCUCAGAACCAAGGACAGAAGAAAAAGAUAUCUGUGCUAGAGAAAGAGCUUGCCGCUAUGACAAAGAAAACAAAGGCCAGGGAUGAUGAGUAUACUGAUGCAGCAGACCAUCUCCAGAAGGAACUUAGGUCCCUCCAACUCCAACUAGAGAUAUUACAGAAGGAGAAAGAUCGAGCCACCAAGGACAAAGAAAACCUCUUAGAGGAGGUAAAUCAAACUGUGGAUGGUAUGGUAGAGGAAAGGUCAAAACUUCAGGGAGAAGUACAACAAGCCAAGAUGGAGCUAGAAGCCACAUCUCGAUCAAAACGUCAACUUCAGGUAGAGAACACUACGUUACUGGAGAGAGUUGCUGGCUACGAAACACACAAGACUGCCAGUACUAAGAUUGAAGAUACCAUGAAGGAUAUGAUGGAACAGAAAAACAAACUGGCGUAUGAUAAUGGCCGUCUCCAGUCACAGGUGUCACAGCUGACCGCACAACUGGACGUCCUGUCAGGCUCACAAACGGAGAUCUCUCAGUAUCGUAAACUAAAUCAAGAACUCCAAAAGAAAUUUGAUAAGGCCCAGAAAGAAAUAAGCGAGUUGAAGGUUCGAGUCCAUGCUCAGGAGAGUCAGCUGAUGAUGUCACAGGGAAGUCUGGAGUCGCGUGAACGUGAUUUCCUGGAGCUGCGUGUGGCUAGAGAUCAGGCUAUCCGUGAGAAAGAACGCCUUUUAAAUCAGUUACAUGAUCUAGAUCAGAGAGAAAAACCACAGGUUGAGGGUUUACAGAAAAAUCUGAAGGAUGCCAAGUCCGUGAACAAGGAAAUUGGAAGCACGCUGGAAGCUGUGAUGUCAUCGCACUCUCAGCUACAGACUGUCGUGGAGGACCUACAAAUACAGCUUGGCAAGAAAGAUACUCAGAUCACUCAGCUGAAGAUGAACAAAAACAAGAAAGAAGAGGACUGGAAAAUGGAGCUACGUCUCUUUGAGGAGAGAAUGGAGAAUCUUCGAGAGGAACUCCGGAAGGAGCGCGAGAAAUCAUACAAAAAAACAAGUCGUGAUAUUGCUGAAAUAAAGAAGCAAAAUGACAAUCUACAGAAUAGAAACAUGGAGUUAGUGAAGACGAAUACCGAGCUACGUCACAAAGGUACGGAGUCGGAGAAGUCAAUUAAAGAUCUCAAGGAGAAGGUGGCAGACCAGAAACGUAAAAACGACUACCUUCACCGAUCUAAACGAGAACUCGAGGACAAUGUGGACAAAGUCAAGGAAAUGCGGUCCGAAAUAGAAGAUUUGGAAAGAUUGAGGGAUGAAUACAUGAAAAGAAAUCAUGACCAAGGCGAUAUGAUCAACACAUUCAUGAAUCAGAUUGCCAGUCUACAGUCAGAAUUGAGAAACCUCGCCCAAGCUCAGUCACAAACAAACAGCCUAAUUAAUCAACGAGAGGAAGCUCUUGAGAAAGAGCGGCUUUACAAGGAGGACUCCCGCCGCAAGUACAAGGUACACAGUAGCAGACCUGUGGAGACAAAGCGACAGAAAGAAGAGAUAGAGAGAAUGAGGAAGCAGGCAGAGGAACGACUAAAAAUGGCACAGGAUGAAUCGGCUGAGAUAUCCAUACAUCUGUCAGAUGCUCACAACUGGUUUAAGUCAAAAUUCAACAAACUCCAAGAUGAAAUCUUAUCCUCUAAAAAAACACAGUCAGACCUUGAAGAAGAAAAUCGUGACCAAAAAAAGUUACUCGAGGUUGAACAACUAAGAGCUCAUGAAGCUGCAGAUCGGGCAAAGGAAAUGAUACGGGCCAUGGAAGCUUUAAUGGAGGAAAGGAAAGCCAAGAAGGGGGCUAGUCGCCACACCAUUAGUCAGCUGGCAGACUACAGUGACAUGGCGGACGGUGAAGUGAGAGAGGAGAUGGCUCGGCUGCAGCGUGAAGUCCAAAAACAGAAGGACCAUGCUAAAUACAUCGAAAUGAAACACGAAAAAUACAAGGAGGCAAGUUCAAGACAGCUAGAGAGUUUAUUGAAAGAUUUUGGACGCUGAUAUUAUGGGAUUAAAGUUGAAUGCCAGGUUUACCUUACGUUCAAACGAAACCAGAAGAUUCCGUCCAGAAGGUUACCUUUGCUUCCAGCUCAUGUUCCUCAAGAAUGUGAUAUGAAGGUUUCAGAGACAACUUCCACGCAGAGUCCAGCAUGUGCUGAGUUUGAUUACAGAACAGUGUAGAGGUUAUAUGCUACGUUUAAGUAUGAUAUGCAUUGUAGUUAUCUCCCUUUAAUUAGCAUUACAUUUCACCAAGAUGUAGAAUUACAGUGAUCAUGAGUGCAAGCAUGUAUAUCUUGGGAAAUAUGACAGCACCUGAAUUUUAUAACUAUAUAUUUUUAUUUGAUGCAUUUUUGUAUACAUCCACUAUAUGCAUUUAAUCAUUGAUGAGGUUAGACAAUGCUUCACUUUCGGCAUUGUCGGAGACCCACGGUUGAUUGCACUACUCUACAAUGCACAUAUCACGUGAUAAGUGUAGCGUAGCAUAGUGCAAUCAACGGUAGGUCUCCGACAAUGCACUUUUAGGUGUUUUGAAGAUUUUUUAAACAAGAAAGGAUGUCGCAUCAAGGUAGCAUAUACCUCAAUUCCCCAGGGUAGCAUACCUCCUUAAGUCUCUGUGUUGUUUUAAGAUAGCACAUGUAUGUCCUCAAUUCUCCAUGUCACAAUAAGGUAGCAUACAUCCUUAAGUCUGUGUCAUUGUAAGAUAGCAUAUAAUAUGUCCACAAUUAUUAAUGUUAUCAUGGUAAAGUAGCAAACAUUCUUAAGUCUUUGUGUUGUGGUAAAAUAGCAUAUGUAUUAAUUCUCUAUGUUAGAGUAAUUACGGUAGCAUACAUCCUUAAGUCUCUGUGUCGUUGUAAGAUAGAAUAUAAUAUGUCCUUCAUUCUCCAGGUGAGGGUAAGGUAGCAUACAUCCUUAAGUCUGUGUCGUUUUAAGAUAGCGUAUAAUAUGUCCUCCGCUCUCCAGGUAACCUAAAGUAGCAUACAUCCUUAAGUCUCUGUGUCUUUGUAAGAUAGCAUAUAAUAUGUCCUCCAUUCUCCAGGUAACCUAAGGUAGCAUACAUUCUUAAAGCCUAGGACUCCACAGUACAAUAAGGUAUGACAAAUCAUCAUCCCAGACUCUGAUGUUUGACCCUUCCGUACUUGAUCCGAGUUUGAUAUUUCUUCUGGUGUUAUGGAAAGACCUGUGAAAAAUAUCAGGAUUCUAUUUUUCCAAAACUCCUACCACAUCUAGACUGACGACUACUACACCUGGACAAAGGACAGUUGUUAUGAUAUGUGAUAUUUAAACUGUCUAUAUAAUAUAUUGUAUACUUAACACUUGUUACAACCCACAAUAUCAUGGUAUAGAAUUGAUAAUGUAUAUUUUCUCAUCAUUUCCUACCUAACAACCAAAGAAACUACACUUUUCUGCCAGCUCUUUGGUUUUAGGACUCUUUUCUGCCAAAUCUAAACUAUCUUUAUUUUAUACACUAUUUUCAUUAUUAUCGAUAAUUAAAAUGUGUUUUUUAGGGGGAAAGGUGGUCUAAAUAUUGUAAAUAGACAAUUGUGUCUUGAGUCAGUAUUCCUGAUUGUACCAUCCACCAUGAUGGUUAAAAAUUAAACACCCCAUCAAUCAUGUAUAUCUAUAGACACAGGGAUUUGACACAAGGCUAUCCCCACAGUUUAUAUAUGAUGUAUGUACAUUGUAUAUUGAUAUAUACAUGUAUACAGUAUUACAAAAUACUGCAGGGAUGUGACAUUUUGCCAGGUCCCUGUGGCAUGUACUUAUUUCUCAAUCUCUUAAUGAUCUUACACAGGCACUUGUAACUAGCUUGUAGUGUUAUAAUCUUCAGUUGCGUAAGGAAUAAAUCAGCAUUUAAUAUAUAAUUGAUAUUAAAUCUUAAAUAUGUAAGUUACUAAUUAUCAAUAAUAAUUUUUGUUAUUAUAUGGAAACAAAAUAUAUUUUCUUAUUCUACUGCUACAUUAAAAUGCUUUUUUUUUUUUUUUAAAUAAUGCUUCAUAUGCGUGUCAUUUUUGGCACAUAUAUUUAUUAAAUCAAUAUACUAGUCUAAGGGUCCUGGUAAAGGAUUAUUUUCUAUGUUUACAAGCUAUACAAAACAGGACAUGAUUCAAUAUCAAGUUUGUAGUAAAUUGCUCUUAGGUUUAUCAAACAAAAAUAUAAUUUUUGAUAAUCAUAGAUAUUUGGUUAUAAAUAAAUGUAAAAAUUCUUAAUCAAUUAUUGGUGUCAAUCAAUUGAUAAUCUUCAUCACUAAUCUUCUCCAGUUUAUUGGUAAUCUGAGCUGUGCUCUCACUAGACUGUUUAACAUGUAAGUGAACAUGUUCUUGUGUUUGUGUAUCAUACCAUGCUGCUGUCAAGAUUUUGUAAUGUUUGUGUUGAAAAGUGCUUCCGAGAAAACAUCGGAUGAGAAUGCUUGAGGGUUGGACAUUAUUAUAUAAACCAAUAUUUAUCUGUGAUAUAGAAGUAUGUUCUGUAGGUAUGUGAGUCUCUGUACAAGAUAUCAGGGUUUGUAGUACUUCUUUAAAUCUCUAUGUUAUUAAUGUAUUUUUACCUCUUAAGUUGUUGGACACUGUUGUUGUACUCGGCCUAAACAAAUCUGAGCAAUCAUAACCUACCUCCUACACAGGUAAAAUGUCUUCAUGUCAAUUCAGGUCAAAUUAAGGUGAAAAUUUUCAGGUCAAAUUGACCUGUAAAUUAAGAGCAAGAUACUAAAUAGUCAAUUCAUGUCAAGAAAUUUUUUCAUGUCAAAUUCAGGUCAAUUUCAGAUCAAUAUUUUUUCAGGUCAAAUUUACCUCAAGUCAGUUUGCAUGUGUAGGAUAUAUGUUGCUUACUGAAUGAUUUACCAGAAAAGAAAUCAAAAACAAUUAUUUUAAUAGUUUGAGCAUAUAUAACUUGUGUUUCUGAGAAUGGUUUUAGAAUACUUGUAAGUAGCAAACUUGCAUGCUGAUACUAAAAUUUCUAAUCUGUAAACCAAACGAAAGACCAAGGUAUUUGUUGGCAAUGUACACAAUCUACAGCUAGCUGAAUACAAUUUUUAAACAGUAUAAAUAAGUACCUUUGAAUCACUAUUACAGAAUCCGAGUGUUUGAUCGUCCUUAUUUUCUAUAAAAUUAUUAUUGUUGUUGUUGCUCAAAUCCUGUGUUGAGGCCUUUUACAAGUUGAAAUGAUUAGAAAUGUAUAGACAUUUCCACAUUCUGAUCACUGUCACUCAAACUUAAUCUCUAUGUUAUUUAUAUGUAAUUGUGAGGAUGUAAUGUGCAAAGUUUCCUUUUGUAAAAUAUAUGAUUUUAUAUUUGUGAGAAGAGAGAAGGUGAAUUUGAAUAUAUACAUUUCUAUGAGUAGCAUUAUCUGCCAUCAAUCACAAAGUUUCUGAUAAAUAAUCUGUGCCGAAAAUGUUCUUUUAUAAUAUUAUCAGAAUAAUCUAUAUCGAUUCAGUACUAGAUAAGUAUAAAAUGUCACAUUUUUUGUCGUGCAUCAAUUUUUUCAAAAACAUGAUUAUCAAACUUGGUUUUCUCGAACACUAUUGCUAUCUUGAACACUAACUCCAAAACCCUGCUAGUGAUUAACUCGGAAGAAAAAAUAUCUAAUUCUGUUCCGACAGUGAAAAUUCUAUAUACAAUAUGUACAACAGAAUUUGUUACUUAAAUACUUAGGAUAUAGCCAAGUGAUAAUAAGGUUCGACUGUUAGGAUUUCGAAUGGUGAACUUUUGACCAAGGUCAUCUGGAAACAUCAAAAAAAGAUAAAAAAAACAUAUUUCAUAGACUUUUCACAAGCUCUUGGUAUGUAGGUAGGGACCGGUUCAAACAUAUAACCUCUUGGUUUGUAGGAUGUCAACGCUGUAUGAUGUUCCAUUCCAAACAUGUUGCUUCUCCAUAUUUAAGUAGCUAUAAGUUAUCAAUGUUGUAGCAAAUCAAAAAUUUACCGAAAUGUAUUUCAGAAUCUAUUUUACCUACUUUUAGUAACAGUAAUCAAAUAAUAUUACUACCGACUAUGUUAGCUGCAAUUAUAAAUCUUACUCAUACAUAAUAUUGUUAUUUGUAUAUUUGAAAUAUUAAUUUGAUAAAUAUCAUUUUGUACACUGUAGCCAGGUACUUUUGAAUAUUAUACAAUGUAUGUUCCCUGAAAAAGUUAUACACCGUUAAAAGUUAUACACUGUAGAUUCCUGGUAAGAAUUAUACACUCUAGGUUCCAGGUAAAAGUUAUACGUAUACACUGGUAAAAUGUAUACAUUGCAGGUUCCUUGUAAAGGUUAUACACCAUUAAAAGUUAUACAUUGUAGAUUAAUGGUAAAAGCUAUACACUCUAGGUUCCAGGUAAAAGUUAUACACCAUUAAAAGUUAUACACUGUAGGUUCCAGGUAAGAGUUAUACACCAUUAAAAGUUAUACACUGUAGGUUUCAGGUAAAAUUUAUACACUGUAGGUUUCAGGUAAAAGUUAUACACUCUAAGUUCCAGGUAAAAGUUAUACACUGUAACAGGUUCCUGGUAAAAGUUAUACACUGGUAAAAGUUAUACACUGUAGGUUCCUGAUAAAAUUUAUACACUGUAGUUUCCUGAUAAAAGUUAUACGCUGUUAAAAGUUAUACACUACAUUGUAGGUUACAGGUAAAAGUUAUACACUGUAGGUACCUUUCAAUACUAUACAUACUGUAGAUUUUUAAUAAAUUUUAUACACUGAAGGUUCCUGUUACAGUAAAUAUUAAAACAAUCAGUCUGUAGUCAGUUGUUGAUAUUGUCUAUGUCAACAAACUUGUUAUGUAGUGUAAAGAUUGAAGCAGACAUCAUACUGGUGGAUAUAUAACAUAUCCUUUUUAAAUCAUUUAAAUCAUUAUACAUUUGUACAUGCAGUUUAAAGUUUUUUUAUUAAAGUAUAAUCCUACUACAUUUAUCUUUCUAUAGUACAUUCCACAAAGUAUUGAUGUCUGUGAGGCCCGUUUUAGACCCUCUUUUUUUCGAGAUUUUCUCUUAAUUAGGUCAAGUUGUAUUUUGUUGUGUUGUAUGUGAAUUUUGUGAAUUUGUUUUAUGUGAAAACAGUUUGGGCCCCAAAUGGGGAAGGGAUAAAGGCAAGUAUCCUUCAGUAUAUAGAUAAUUUAUUGUUAUGUAGAUAAACCUGUAUAUAUAUAUAUAUAUGAUACUAUGAUAAUGUCAUUGUUUGUCUAAGUCAUGAACACCCAGAAGAAUAGAUAAGUUGUAAACAGUGUUAUUUUAUUCAGGUUGACAUAAACAGAAAUAUAAUUUGAAUAUAGAAGCACAGGGAUUUGUCACAAAGUCCUAACCCACAGGGGCUUGACAUGUUCCUAUGACCCAGAAUGAAAAAUCCUCUGUGAUCUAGUGGGUCAGCCCUUGGGGUUAUUUUUUCAUUUUGGGUCAUAUGAAGGUGUCAAGCCACUUUGUGCUAACCUAUAGUCCAUAAUAUAUAAAUAUGUACUAAUAUUACACUAUAUUAAUUUCUAUGGGUCAUUGGUUGGGAAUUUGAGACAGGUCCCUGAGUGAAAAAAAAACAUCAGUAUAAUCUGUUUUACUAACUUUUCCAAUUCCACCAACAAUUGUCCUCAAAGUAGAUCAGGAACUGUUCUUUUCUUAAUUUUCCCUUAUUUAGAAUUUUGACAAGCAGUUGAUGGAGACAAUUAUUUCAUGGCUCCUAAGUGGUUUAGAAAUAUCAAGUGUUUUGUGGUAUAAGGGUACUGUAACACUUAACACAGGGACUUGGAACAAUUUAUCAACCCACAGUUCAUACAUAUAAAAUACAGAUACCAUGUAUAUGGGAUGUGGAUUGAAAUUUGAACCAGAUCCCUGUGACCCUAGAAUAACCUGAUGAUGACCAGAUACAACAUACUUAACUUGAUGGUAUAUGUUAGUCAAUGAAUUCCAUAUAAUGCCAGGCCCUGUUUAGUCCAAGUUUCCUGUGGCCCUGACGCUAACACCAGGGCCAGAGGAAACUUGGCCUAGGCCGUGUUUAGCAAUGUGCUAUUUUUGAUAUUGAGUUUGUAUUUUAUUUAACUAUGACUCAUUUUGAUGUAUAACUUAAGAUAUUCUAUGUAUACAUUAAUUUUUUUAA